UGUGGAUUGCUGGUCUGUGACCGCUUGCUGUGACACGACACGUGUAUUUUCGAUUUUAAUUCCUCAAAAACCAAAAAAUUUAAUUCACAAUCCGUAGAUUUUCGAUUACUUAAAUUAAAUAUGAGUUCGAAAGUCAGUGGAAUACGGGGCGGGCGGUCAAGAGUGGUACCGGAUGACUGCCCCAUCAAUGUUGUGCAAAUCAGCGGGCUGCCAAUGAUGAAAAUGAUCAAACACUGUCACGAAGAAGGCUCUGGCAGCGUUGAUGUUGCGCAAGGUGCCCUCUUGGGAUUAGUUGUGGAGAAACGAUUGGAAAUCACUAACUGUUUUCCCUUCCCAAAACAGGACGACUCUGUCGAUGAAGAUGAGGCGUACCAAAUUGCCAUGAUGAAGAAAUUGAGGAGAGUGAACGUGGAUCAUUUGCAUGUGGGCUGGUACCAGAGUGCGGAUGUUGGAAACUUCAUCAGCUUACCACUGCUGGAGUCGCAGUAUCAUUAUCAGAAUUCCAUCGAGGAGUCAGUUGUUUUAAUUUAUGACACUCAAAAGACUGCAAGAGGAUUCCUUUCUCUGAAAGCGUACCGUCUCACUCCGCAAGCUGUUGUCAUGUACAAGGAAGAGGGUUUCACUCCCGACGCUCUGAGGAACCUGAAGGUUGGCUACGAGAGCCUGUUCAUUGAAGUGCCCGUGGUCAUGAAGAACUCCUCCUUGUCCAACAUUUUAUUGAACCAGCUAUCGGACAUGGUCCCUGAAGAGGAUGGUCUUGGCUUCCUGGAUCUUGGAACAUCGUCUGUCUUGGAAGGACACAUGAGGUGCAUGAUGGAAAGAGUUGACGAACUCAAUCAGGAGGCCAUCAAGUUCAACCGCUACCAGCAGCAAGUGCUCAGACAACAGCAGGACAAAUACAGAUACAUGCAGAAAAGGGCGCAAGAGAAUGCCGCGAGGCAAGCAAAGGACGAGCCUCCCCUGCCCGACGAGGACAUUAACAAGCUGUUCCGCCCGCUUCCGACGCCACAGAGGCUGAACCCAAUGAUUGUCGCCGGACAGGUGAACGCGUACAGCUCACACGUGGCCCAGUUCUGCUCGCAGGCGAUGGCCAAGCUCUUCGUCACGCAGACCCUGCAGAAGGCCAAGGAGGACACCGGUUCAGCCAAGUCACUGCAGUAGUGUCGAUAAGUGGAAACCACCUUUGUAAUCAUUUAAUAUAAUCUCGACAAUGUCUUCAA